GGUGGGAGGAGAGGUCUCCUCCAUGCUCAUUCGCAGCAGCACACCCAGCGCCCGCGCCCUCUCUCCGUGCGCCUGAUGAGCUGAUUGGGGUAAGAGCGCCCUGAGUAAGCACCUCCUUCCUCCCUUCGUCGCUUGCUUGCUCUCUCCCUGCCCGGGCCCGCCCUCCGUCCGUCUGGGCAGCGAGAGUAACCUCCUUCAGCAUCUGGAUGGCAACCCCUCAACCCAUCUGCUGAACAGGAGCCCCUGAAGAGGAUGGAAUGGCAUGUCCAUCGAGUAACCUGCGGAGAAGAUGGAACUGAACUGAAAUCAAGCGGUGUUUAGAAGAACAGCCUUCUUUGGUCUUGAGCCCCGAUCCAUCAUGGCAGCAGGUGUAGCAGCAUGGCUGCCUUUUGCCAGAGCAGCGGCCAUAGGAUGGAUGCCAGUAGCCAACUGUCCUAUGCCCCUGGCCCCCUCGGAUAAAAACAAGCGGCAAGAUGAGCUGGUAGUUCUGAAUGUGAGUGGCAGGCGCUUCCAGACAUGGAGGACUACCCUGGAGAGGUACCCUGACACUCUGCUUGGCAGCACAGAAAAAGAAUUCUUCUUCAAUGAAGACACCAAGGAAUAUUUUUUUGACCGGGAUCCUGAUGUCUUUAGAUGCAUCUUAAACUUUUACAGGACUGGCAAGCUGCACUACCCACGGUACGAGUGUAUCUCAGCAUACGACGAGGAACUUGCCUUUUAUGGGAUUCUACCUGACAUCAUUGGGGACUGCUGCUAUGAAGAGUACAAAGAUAGGAAGCGGGAAAAUGCUGAGCGGUUGAUGGAUGACAGUGACUCUGAGAACAACCAAGAGUCCAUGCCCGCCCUGAGCUUCCGGCAGACCAUGUGGCGAGCCUUUGAGAACCCCCAUACCAGCACUUUAGCCUUAGUCUUUUACUAUGUCACUGGCUUCUUUAUUGCCGUCUCUGUGAUCACCAAUGUGGUGGAGACUGUACCCUGUGGGACAAUGCCUGGGAGCAAGGAACUGCCAUGCGGGGAAAGAUAUGAAAUGGCUUUUUUCUGCUUGGACACAGCUUGCGUUAUGAUUUUCACAGUUGAGUACCUGAUGCGACUGUUUGCAGCCCCUAGUCGCUACAGAUUCAUCCGGAGUGUGAUGAGCAUCAUCGAUGUGGUGGCCAUUAUGCCCUACUAUAUUGGAUUGGUGAUGACAGACAAUGAAGAUGUCAGUGGAGCUUUUGUGACUCUGAGGGUUUUCAGGGUGUUCCGGAUUUUCAAAUUCUCUCGUCAUUCCCAAGGCUUGCGAAUCUUGGGGUACACACUGAAAAGCUGUGCCUCUGAGCUUGGUUUUCUUCUCUUUUCACUCACCAUGGCAAUCAUCAUCUUUGCUACUGUGAUGUUUUAUGCAGAGAAGGGAUCUGCAUCCAGCAAAUUCACCAGCAUCCCAGCUUCAUUUUGGUACACUAUCGUCACCAUGACAACCCUUGGUUAUGGUGAUAUGGUACCCAAGACAAUUGCUGGGAAGAUCUUUGGCUCCAUUUGUUCCUUGAGCGGGGUGCUCGUCAUUGCGCUUCCUGUCCCGGUUAUUGUUUCCAACUUCAGCCGAAUUUAUCAUCAGAAUCAAAGAGCUGACAAACGACGAGCGCAAAAGGAUCUCAAGAAAGCCCGGCUGGCCAGGAUUCGUGUGGCCAAGACAGGCAGUUCAAAUGCCUACCUUCACAGUAAGCGCAAUGGCCUCCUUAAUGAAGCCCUGGAAUUGACGGGAUCUAUGGACGAUGAGCACAACAUCAGCAAAGCCACUUCUCUCAUUGAAAGUCAGCAUCACCAUCUGCUGCACUGCUUGGAAAAAACAACUGGGUUGUCCUAUCUUGUGGAUGAUCCCCUGUUAUCUGUACGAACUUCCACAUUCAAGAACCAUGAAUUCAUUGACGAACAGCUGUUUGAGCAGAACUGUUUGGAGAGUUCAAUGCAGAACUAUCCAUCCACUCGCAGCCCUUCCCUUUCAAGUCACCAUGGGUUGACCACAUCCUGUUGUUCGCGACGCAGCAAGAAGACGACACACCUUCCUAAUUCCAGUGUGCCAGCAACCCGGCUACGGAGCAUGCAGGAGCUCAGCACCAUACACAUCCAGUGCAGUGAGCAGCCCUCACUCACAACCAGUCGCUCCAGCCUAAAUAUGAAAUCAGAUGAUGGUCUGAGACCGAACUGCAAAGCCUCCCAAAUAACGACAGCAAUCAUCAGCAUCCCAACACCACCGGCGUUGACCCCAGAAGGCGAAAGCAGGCCUGCCCCAUCCAGCCCCAGCCACUCCACGAACAUUACGAGCAGCAACAUUGUCAAGGUUUCAGCUUUGUAAGGCUCUAUUAUUAGUGAAAAGAGGUGGCAUGAAAGGUCCGCAUUUCUCUCCCUUUCCCCACCUCAGUGUUCCUUCUUUGCUGCAAAUUGUGCCUAGUUGGAUGGUUGGAAGGGCAGCUGAAGCAACCUGACCUUCGUCUAAGAAUUAACAGUGGGAGCCUAGUAGAGGCUGCUUCCCUCAGACUCAUGUUCAUGCUGCAGAGUGAGCUCAGAAGAACUGGGAAGCUGAGUACGUGUGUAUGGAGGGGGAGUGGAAGGAACUGUGUUUGUCCAUGAAGAAAGGCCUUGUUUGUUCCAUGAUAUGGGCAAAUAGAAUAGUUUCCCGAAAGCGGAAAAGAAGUCCUGUCAUAAGCUACAAGUUUGAAGUCAAUAACGAAGCAGAAUUAUAACACUGUGUAUCUCAGCACCUUUAAAAAGUUUUUUAAUGGAUAAUAUUUAUUCAUGAGGAAAUGACUGAAAAAAAGGUGAUAAAAAUGGAUUUUGUGAUUUUUUUUCCUUCAUGCAGCAGCAUCUUUAAUCAACCAAAACUACACUUUCCCACCCACGCCCUUUCGUUUAUGGCUGAAGGUUGAAAUGAAGAAACCAUCUUGUCACAGGAAUUUAACUUUGAUCCUUGUGUGCAUGUGUGUGUGAGGGUGAAUGAGUGGGAGAAUCACAGAAACUGCUACACAUAAACUACAAAAGACCUGAGCACACUUUCCUAUUCCCAGGCUCAACCCUGCAAAGAUGUACUGCCUGCAUGGGCCACAACAUGCUUCUAGUAACGCCUGCUGGAACCGAUGGUUCUGCUCACUGUGCAUCUUUUUUUGCAUGAGUCUGUCUUUGCAGGCUUCAGCCUUUUAUAGUGCACAGUAGCAAAGAAAAAAGAGACAGCUGCAUGCAAUCACACACACAAACACACGUGCACACACCCAAGAAAACUUCCAUUGUGGAUGGCAUUUAUUUUCUUAAGAUGGUUUUUGUAAUUGCCUUUAAUUCAACACAAUUUGCAGCUGCAAACAGUGUAUUUGUCUGCUAAUUAUUGUCUGUAGGGAAAAAUCAUAUUUGUAGUGGAAAGACAGGCUUUGGUAGUCAACCACAAAUUUUUUGUUGCUUUUUUAAGAAAUUAUUUUAUUAUCACAGGCUUGUAUAGAGUGUGACUAGAUUAACCAGUUCUAUACUUUUAAAAGUCUAACAAAGUGAGCCUAGGGGAAAUUUUAAUUUUUUUUAAUCCUGUAAACACAAAUUUCAAAGAGAACAAAUUCAAACUGUUCAUAAAUAUACAAUAAUCUAGGCCCAUGCUUCUGUUUUCUGCUUUAUAUGUGUUUCUUUAAUAGUAUGGAAGAGUCUCCCAUUGUAUAUAGUAGCCAGAUAGUCAGUGGAUCUGUCCUUGAUAGGAUUACUUCAGGAGCCAACCAUUUUCCAUGGACUGAUUGUGUAUCUCAUUUUUAAAUACAGUCCUGUGGCUCAUAGUGACAGUCUCUCCGGUUACAUUGACUUGAUGGAUAAAGCAAUUUAGUAAUAUUUGACUUUCCCUUGUUAAAGCAUAAUCUCCUGUAAAAGAGGAGGAUUGCAUCUAGAUUUUGGGGAGGGGUCUACUUUAUAUUAGAGUAACAUUUCUAAUCAAUUUAUAAAACACUGUUAAUAGAUGGUUUAAUAAUGUGUACGUUUCAGAAUAGCUCACCAACUGUUAAAUAUUGUUAUACUGUUUAGGAAACAUAGAAGUAUAAGUUGCAACCAUCUAUAAGGUUUUAUACCAAUGUUCUCCUAGUGUUACCUCCCUUGGGUACAAACCUGUGGGAUCUCCAUCUAUGUCAAUAAGACUUACACUAAUACUAACUCUGUAGGACUGUGCCCUUCUCUUGUCAUAAAGUUUGCACAAUUUCAAAACCUGUUCUGACUCAUUUAAACCUUAACACAUUUAUGUCUUCCAUCUCAACUCGUUUUAUAUUCUACACACCAUACUCUCUUCUGAAGCUUUCCUUCUCUUUCAAAAAAGUGUCAACCAUGUAUAACUCAGACCACUUAACUGGGCAUUGUGCUGGGGUUUUUUUUAAGAUACUCUUUAUAAUUUUUUUUGGAAAAUAAGCUGCUUAACUAAAAAUGAACUCUUAUUUCAGGCACCCAUUUUUCACUUUUUACAGUAAAGGGUUGAGCAAAUAGUUGUUAGAAGCCACCAGAGUGCAAAAAGGAAAAGUUAGCCCAUUCUAAAUCUACAAACUAGCCUCGUGGCGCAGUGGUUAAAACGCUGUACUGCAGCUAAAACUGUGCUCA